UUAAGUGCUGUGUGCUCAAUUGUGCUGAAUUUCACCUUUUUCAUUGGAGAUCUGAACGAUGGUUCGAGUCUAGGGUCUGUAUCUAGAAUAUGCUGUUGUCUAGACUCGACUGGUUAGGUAGACCAGGAGACCUUGACGCCAUCUUAGAGUAAGGAACACAAACAAAGGAAAUGUAUUCCUAACAGUUCUCCGAACAAACUCAGGAUGUUCUUAGUCUAAGUUACCAGAUGCUAGUCAAAUACAUCAGAGAACCUUUCAGCCAAACAGCGGUCAGUCUGACUGCCCAUAGUCUUGGGGUCACCCUGCCCGCACUUGCUCAAGCGGUCAACCUGCCCGCUCCAGUAUGCUUAUAGACCUUCUUCAGUCGGUCCCUGGUCAUCAUAAUCAUAAUUUUGGAUCGGUGGACAGGUUAAUAACUGGAAACUAUAAGUCGAAUGGAAACCUAGUCUCCCUGAAAGUUGAUAUAAUCGACUUUACAGAUUUCCAGAAGAACGGAUGCCUGGUGAGUCCAGGUACUGGUGGAUUAUCUGCCUCACAUACUCAUAACAUCACUGGAACUCUCUUCUGCCAACCUGACUCUAAUACAGUCCGUCUAAACAUCACUGUCCUUGGUACCUGCUCCCAGGACAAACCAUGGGAGACGGAGCCAUCUGUUCCGUCUUUAAAGGACGUCAAACCCUGGGUAAUGACGACAAACAAGAUGACGAGCGGAACUACAGAAAACUCCAAGAACAUGCAAUACUCCCCCUUCUCCUCCCCAGUGAGUCCUCCUUCCAGGGACAACCCCCCGGCACUCCUGGAUUUUCACUCGGACCAGCUCAUGUCGGAGAUACACAGCAUGUCUUUCGACUACGGAUGCGGGGUCAACCUUAAUAGUCAAUUGUUACACGAGAAUUCUUCUCCUUGCGUCCUCACAUCUCCAUGUCAGGCAGUUAGUCAAGGCCUGACAAGCAAUACAGACGCUAUGAAGGUCUCUCUUCCAUCUCUUCAACUAAGUCAAUCCAUUCUGGUCAAACCUUACUCAGUCAAUGUAUCGACCAGCCUAGCUACAAGUUUAUCAACAGCUAAGUCAACCACUGCCAGUGACCUUAACAUGGGUCAGCCGACCAUGCUUCAACCUAAAAUAGAAAGAUCAGAUUCUAUCUGCUCCGAGUACAACAGAGAUGAUUUUCUCUCAUACACUGAUGAUUUGGGGAAUCUAGAUGACCUAGAUGAACCCGGAUCCUAUACUACCUCCCCAACCACCAUCUCCUCCCCUCUCCUCUUCCCCUCCUCCUCCAUCCUCUCCUCCUCCCCUACUCUACCCUCAUCCGUGGAAAAAAACAAUUUCUUUACCAAGUCUUUCACCUCCAAACCUCAAGAUGUUCUGACCCCUAAUGCUACAACCAGCAGCUCUACUUGGCAGGUCAUCACACAAACCUCAAGUUCAAAUCCACCUUCAGUUAAUACUUUCGGUCCUGCACCCUCCCGAAGUCCUAAAACCGGCAACGGAAGUCCGUCGUCGGACAUUUCGGCCUCGCCGCGCGAACCCUCAUUUAUUAUAAACACGUCGCCGAAACCGAGAAAUCGACGAAAUUCCUCAUUUGACGAGACCAAGCCGCAUGUGUGCGCCCAAUGCGGUGCCAGGUUCACAACAAAAUCAAACUUAGGUCAGCACGCUAAGAUCCAUCUAGCGGUCAAACCGUUCAUCUGCGAAAUCUGCAGUCAUGGAUUCACAAGAGCGGCACACUACGAAUCUCAUGUCGCCAAGCAUAAGGGUUUAAAAACCCACAGAUGCGACCAGUGCGGUGAAAGCUUUGCGCGCUUGGACAACCUCCUUCGGCACAGCGCGCGUCACAAGCACGGAAAAAUAUUCGACUGCUCCAUUUGCGGGAAAGGAUUCCAUCGGAAGGAUAAAUUGAUAGAACACGAGAAGGUGCACAGUGAAUAUAAGUUUCCUUGUGACAAAUGCUCAAAAACAUUUCACACAAACGAUGCUUUGAAACAUCACCUGCCCCUUCAUGAGGACUUGACCAAGACUCAAUGUAACAUCUGCUUAAAGUUUAUCACCAUCAAGUCCCUGUCCAAGCACAUGUCCGCCUUCCACAAGGAGUCCUUGAGCAGUUCCGAGAACAACAACAACGUGAACAAGUCGCGGGCACGGAAGGGCACAGAAGAGAAGACGAAUCCGUGCCAGUACUGCCGGAAGUCCUUUGUGAGUCCCGCGAAGCUGCGCUUACACGUAGCCAAGUGCCAUGCCGCGGAGCGACAUAAACUCAGCACUGAAACCAUUCUCCAGCAGACGAUCGAGGAGAAGCAGUUCGAAUCCAGGAAUUUUUUCGACGAGUUUACAAUGUCGAAGGAGAGAUAUUCAAGUCCCUCAGGAGAUAGUUUACCCUCUCAACAAGUCCCAGAAAUGGACUUGUCUUAUAUAAACUCUAGUCCCGAGGACCUCAAUGACGUCCAUUCAACAAAAGAACUGCGAGGGGACAUUACAGCGACCUUUCAGAUCCCAACAAUUCAUAUUCCAGAGUUUGAAUCAAAGCUUGGACCUACAGAGAUCUCAACCGAGGCUUUGCAGGCACUACUUUUCAACUAGUGGCAUUAUAACACGGCAUUUUUACCAUGCGGAACAAAAUUACAAAAAAAUCUCAGAAAUCCGCAAAAAUGGGGCAUUUAUAUACUCCCAAAUUGUUAAGUCUUAUUACUAUCUAAUCAAAGUCAUGAAAUUUGUUAUUACUCUGAAAUAUUUUAUGUACUCAAAAUUUUCAAGUUGUUUAACUUUGAAACAUUUAUUAUUAUUGACAUAUUGAUAUAGUUGUACAAUUUAUUACAUUUAUAUAAAGACAUUGCUUUGGAAAAAAUAUAUCAGCAUUAUAGUUACUUUCUGCACAAACUAGAUUUUAAGAAAAGUAAGAACAGCUGAUUUACAUUUUUUACAAACUUUGUCCAGAUUAACGAAAAGUAUGAUGUUUUUGUGAUUUCCGAAUACAAGGAAAUUUUCCAGUUUGGCAUUUUCUUUUUUUGGCAUAAUUCUUGCAGUAUUAUGUAAUUAACUACAGUCUAUUUGAUGUUAUUUUGCUUUAAGCAAAUAUUCGUAUAUAUUAUCAACUUUUAUCUUAUAAACAAAAUAAACCUCUAAAAAGUUCAA